AUGUAUCUAAAUAUCAUCCUAUGUUUCGGUCUAGUGACUGCUGCACUGCAGACACUUCCCCCAGUGUAUCAAACAGCCUUAGGCCCAUUGCCGGGGUUUGAUGUUCGCUCAGUGGAGAGAGUCAUCUAUAUCAAGGCUGAUUUUGCCUCUCAUCGGGACGAAAACGGAUUGACGCUGAUUCCUCCAUCUGCUUUGGAAUUCGCAACGACUUUUCUUCAUGAUCUACAGGAGGUGACCGCCAGCCGGUGGACACUCCGCCAGGUCAAUCAAUUCAAUGCAAAACAAGGCAUCUUUCUUGACAGACUUGGCACAGACUGCAACCUGACCUAUGAAAAUGGCACGCCAACAGAGGAAGGAUAUGAAGUGGAGAUUCACCCGCGACGGGCUGUUAUCCGGGGAUCGGGGGCGAGAGGGAUGUGGUGGGGAACGCGAACACUGGUGCAGAAGUUGAUCAUCGCUGACGGGAAACCGCUCCCGGGUGGUCGCAUUGUGGACGCACCCUCUGUUCCAACUCGAGGAUACAUGCUCGAUGCGGGCCGUAAGUGGUACUCGCCUGCCUUUCUUAAGGACCUGUGCACGUACGCCUCGUUCUUCAAGAUGUCCGAGUUCCACUAUCACACCAGCGACAACUACCCUCUCAAUCGGGGCCAUAAUGAGACAUGGAGCGAGGUGUACGCGCAGUUUUCAUUGCACCCUGAGAGUCCUGACCUUCAUGGAAUUGUGCAGAGAGCGAACGAGACGCUAUCUCGAGCGGACUAUGAAGAGCUGGAGCAGCAUUGUGCGCAGCGCGGAGUUACGGUUAUUCCUGAGAUUGAAGCGCCAGGCCAUUGCCUAUUUCUGACCAAAUGGAAGCCAGAACUGGCGCUGGAGAAGAAGGAUCUGCUGAAUCUUUCUCAUCCUGAGGCGGUGCCCCUCGUGAAGUCCGUCUGGGGUGAAUUCCUGCCGUGGUUUCACACAAAGGAAGUGCAUAUCGGGGCGGACGAGUACGACGCGACAUUGGCAGAUGAUUAUAUCAAUUUUGUCAAUGAGAUGGCACAAUUCAUCCAGAAGGAGUCAGGAAAACGGAUCCGUAUAUGGGGUACUUAUGAACCAUCGGAUACGCUUUCUAUAUCCAAAGAUGUGAUCAUUCAACACUGGCAAUACGGGCAAUCGGAUCCUGUCAGCCUGGCAAAUGAUGGGUACACGAUCAUCAAUUCGGAGGAUCAGUGGGCGUACAUGUCGCUGAAAAACGACCAUAUGCCCAUAUUUCCGGCCCCGUAUCCAUCCUUGUUCAAUAACUCGCGUGUGUUGAACUUCGCCGACAUCGACGGAUGGCAAUGGACCCCGGCGCUCUUCAACCCGUUCAAUGUCACGGAGCAACCCGACAAACAGGCAGUCCAGGGCGCAAUUCUAGCCGCAUGGAAUGACAACGGACCUGACGCGACGACACAGCUGGAGGCCUUCUACGCGAUGCGCAACGGGAUCCCGAUUGUCGCCUCUCGAGCAUGGACAGGCGAUCGAGGCCCACGACUAGAUGAAUCUAGCUUGUCUUUGUCUGCGAAACUGCUUACUGCCGGCGCGGUUGGCCAGAAUCUAGACAGGAGAUUCAUUGGCCGUAACAAUCACAGGACGCCUUCAGUUGUGAGCUGGACGUCCGGCAAGCAAUCAGGAGAAAGAAUCCACCUCGGGCACGGCAGCAAGGGAAUGAAUUAUACACUAGAGCUCGACGUCGCGGGCCCAUUCCUGCUGUCCUCCGAGGACUGCACUCUGAGUUUAUCCGCAUCCGGUACUUUGGCCUUUGAAUCCGACGGAUGGGAGUACCCGCUUCGCUCUGUCGCCGAAGACGCUGGAUUCGACCCGGGGUAUCCGGGACGAAUCUGGACAAACGAGACAUCGUCCACGCAUGAACCCGUCAAAAUCCCUCUCCACAGCCAGAUCAUCAUUCGCACAGAUGUUAUUGGAGGGAGCAGAGUCUGGGUGGAUGGGAACUUUGUCGGGAGAUUCGAAGUCUUUGUCUUUGGGGGGAAGAAUCAAUUGUUUUCAUGGAGCCAGAUGGCGUUUGUGGCGCCACUGGAAUGGAUCCAAGGGGGAUUACAUGGACUGAGGAUUGCUGAAUAUGAUGGCAGUUAUAGUCUACAGAGUAAUUAA